GAUCUGCUCACUUGAGGAACUUGAGAGUUGUCGAAAAGAACAAAGUCGGAGUAGUUUUCAAAGCGGAGACCAAACAGAGUAGCGUUCAAGGCCCGUUCUUUUCACUAAGUAUCCACGGAAGAACAGUAUCGAUAUUGGACUCCAAGGGCAAAUUAAUCGGGGAAAAGUAGUUUUGAACUUGCUAAAAGGACUGGGAAGAUGAUCUGGUCUGUUGCGCUCCUGCUGCCGCUUCUCGUAUCAGCCCAGUAUCCGGGAGACACCGGGAUCAUCGUCCCGGAGCAUGGAUUCUGCCAGCCCAUUUCAAUACCUCUGUGCACGGACAUAGCUUAUAACCAAACCAUCAUGCCAAACCUGGUGGGCCACUACAACCAGGAGGACGCGGGGCUCGAGGUGCACCAGUUCUACCCACUGGUGAAGGUGCAGUGCUCCCCGGAUUUGAAAUUCUUCCUGUGCUCCAUGUACGCGCCCGUGUGCACGGUGCUGGAGAAGGCCAUUCCCCCGUGCAGGUCGAUCUGCGAGCGGGCCAAGCAGGGCUGCGAGGCGCUCAUGAACAAGUUCGGCUUCCAGUGGCCCGACCGGCUGCGCUGCGAAAACUUCCCCGUGCUGGGAGACGGGCAGAUCUGCGUGGGGCAAAACGACUCGUCGGCCGCCACCGCGCCGCCCGUCGCGCCGAUUCCGGGCACCCAGGAUCCCGCAGUGGCCUCCGCGCAUUUCCGCUGCCCCUCUGUGCUUAAAGUGCCCCCAUAUCUGAACUACAGGUUCUUGGAGGAGAAGGACUGCGCGGCUCCGUGUGAGCCAUCAAGGGGCGGCGGAUACAUGUUUUUCACUGACAAGGAGAUGCACUUCUCUCGCUUAUGGAUUCUAGUCUGGUCGGUGCUCUGUUGUGCAUCAACUCUGUUCACAGUAACCACCUAUUUAGUGGAUAUGCAGCGCUUCAGGUACCCCGAGCGGCCCAUCAUCUUCCUGUCUGGCUGCUACACUAUGGUCUCCAUAGCAUACAUAGCUGGCUAUUUCCUAGGGGACAGGGUCGUGUGCAACGACAGCUUCAGCCCCGACGGCUACAAAACCGUGGUGCAAGGCACCAAAAAGGAGGGCUGCACCAUCCUCUUCAUGAUGCUCUAUUUCUUCAGCAUGGCCAGCUCGAUCUGGUGGGUCAUCCUGUCUCUCACUUGGUUCCUGGCUGCAGGCAUGAAAUGGGGCCACGAGGCCAUCGAGGCCAACUCCCAGUAUUUCCACCUGGCGGCGUGGGCGGUGCCGGCCGUCAAGACCAUCAGCAUCCUGGCGAUCGGGCAGAUCGAGGGCGACGUGCUCAGCGGCGUGUGCUUCGUCAGCCUCAGCAACCUGGACCCCCUGCGGGGCUUCGUCCUGGCCCCCCUCUUCAUCUACCUCUUCAUCGGCACCUCGUUCCUGCUGGCCGGCUUCGUGUCGCUGUUCCGCAUCCGCACCAUCAUGAAGCACGACGGCACCAAGACGGAGAAGCUGGAGCGGCUGAUGGUGAGGAUCGGGGUCUUCAGCGUGCUCUACACGGUGCCGGCGACCAUCGUCAUCGCCUGCUUCUUCUACGAGCAGGCCUUCCGCCCGCAGUGGGAGCGCAGCUGGUUGAGCCACAACUGCAGGAGCCUGGCCAUCCCCUGCCCGCUGCAGACGGGGGCCCACAUGGCCCCGGACUUCACCGUCUACAUGAUCAAGUACCUCAUGACACUGAUAGUGGGCAUCACGUCCGGCUUCUGGAUUUGGUCUGGAAAGACUUUACACUCCUGGCAUAAAUUCUACACACGGCUGACGAACGGCAAACACGGAGAAACCACCGUGUGAAGUGAAGGGACAUCUGUUAGUUGUCGGGACUAAUCCGCGUAUUAUUCGUAUUUCUCGUGUAAUAGGGAAGUAGCGCACAGAGUAGCUACCUAGUUCCUGCAGCAUUUACAUUCCCCUCAGCGUUAUAGCCACACAUACUGUACUGAGGGUUAGCUAAACGGACGAGGCGGAGAAACGAGGACUGUCUGAACAAAUAACAAGCGUGGUUAUAGAUGCCAUGUGCUGCAGCGCUUUCCUCCCCCUCUCCUGGCUCUUUUCUUAAAGCCACCAUAAACUCAAGGGGAGCCGUGACCCAGCAGCCAAGAACACAGAGAGCCGCGGAAAUAAGCAGUGGAAUAAUACCUCUCCACACAUUUCAUGUGUAAUUAAGUGAAAUUGUAAAUAGUGUUUGUAAAAUUGAUAUAUUUGUAUUUAAAGUCAUUAACCUGCUAGCCUACCUACUUAAUUCUCAUUGUACGACUGACAAGAAACCAAGCAUUAAAAUGAUGUUUUUAUGGA